GUCAUAUUUCUGUCAUGUAAGGAAAUGAAAGAAUUGUAAAAAUCCGAACGAAUGCGGAUUUUAUAGUAAAAUACACUUAAUAAACCAGUAUUUCUAUUUAUUCUCAUAAUUUAAGGAUAAAAUGGAGUUAAACGACGUUAUAGUGAACCAACCCGUGGUUAUAGACAAUGGCUCUGGAGUUAUAAAAGCGGGUUUCGCCGGUGAUCAAAUACCGAAAUGUCGCUUUCCAAACUAUAUUGGUCGUCCGAAGCAUGUCCGAGUGAUGGCAGGUGCAUUAGAAGGAGAGUUGUUUGUGGGUCCUCGUGCUGAAGAGCACAGAGGUCUGCUCAGCAUCAAGUAUCCAAUGGAGCAUGGGAUAGUCACUGAUUGGAAUGAUAUGGAGAGAGUUUGGAAUUACAUUUAUAGUAAGGACCAACUAUCAACGUUUGCAGAAGAACACCCUGUGUUACUAACGGAGGCUCCUCUCAAUCCUCGACGUAACAGAGAGAAGGCGGCAGAAGUAUUCUUUGAGACAUUUAAUGUGCCUGCCCUCUUUCUAUCUAUGCAGGCUGUGUUAAGUUUAUACGCGACAGGUCGCACCACCGGCGUGGUGUUAGACUCAGGGGAUGGUGUAACUCAUGCUGUGCCGAUAUACGAGGGUUUCGCGAUGCCUCACAGCAUCAUGAGAGUUGAUGUCGCUGGAAGGGAUGUAACGAGGUAUCUUAGAUUGUUACUUCGCAAAGAAGGUGUGAAUCUCCGAACAUCAGCGGAAUUGGAGAUAGUAAAGUCCAUUAAAGAACGAGCUUGUUAUCUUUCCCCUAACCCUUUGAAGGAGGAAACUUUAGAUUCUGAACGAGCACAAUAUACUCUGCCUGAUGGGACUUUACUUGAGAUAGGUCAAGCGAGGUUCCGUGCUCCUGAAGUUCUUUUCAGACCUGAUCUCAUCGGAGAAGAAUGUGAAGGUCUCCACGAGGUGUUAAUGUUCUCCAUCCAGAAGUCAGAUAUGGAUCUCCGGAAGGUGCUGUACCAGAAUAUUGUGCUGAGUGGAGGCUCCACUCUCUUCCGAGGGUUCGGAGACCGUCUGCUGGCAGAGAUACGAAGAUUAGCUCCGAAAGAUAUGAAGAUUAGGAUAUCGGCGCCUCAAGAACGUUUAUACUCGACAUGGAUAGGAGGUUCUAUUCUCGCGUCUUUAGACACCUUCAGGAAGAUGUGGGUCUCCAAACGAGAAUAUGACGAAGAAGGUCAACGUGCGGUGCAUCGCAAGACAUUCUAGACUUAACACUGUUUCCACUGGACGAUUAGUCGACAGAAAGACUUGUUGCUUGAGAAAUUCGCGCGGAAUAAUAAAAUAUAGCCUAUGUUACUCAGUGAUUUAAUGGUGAAAGAGUUUUUGAUAUUGUCCCAGUAGUUUUUGAGUUAUUUCAAUAAAUACAAAAAUAUAAUUUCUCUCUCUUUAUAUUAGUAUAGAUCUAGAUAAAACUAGCUGUUGCUUGCGACUUUGUUCUCGUGAAAUUAAAACAAUAAUAAAAAAUACAGCCUGUGUUACUCACAGAUAAGUUACCUCUCUAACGGUGAAGUAAUUUUUGAAAUCGACCCAGUAGUUUUUAAACAAGUAAUCUACCAGUGAAAAUAAACUGCACGUGACUAAUCGUUCAGUGGAAAUGAUCACUUAGCUUUGCUAUGUAUGGGAUAUGAUCGGUUGAUGUUAACAUGGAUAUGCCUUUAAUUGUACUUAUUGAAUUAUUAAACUUUCAAAUUUUAAAAUCAUGACAAUUGCACUUUAGAAUUUAGAAGAAAAUGGGGUGUAGAGGGUAUCCCACCCCUAUAUUAAAACUUCAAAUAAAACCAUAAUGUUAUAAUCUAUGUAAAAAACAUCAUUUUAAUCAAAAUGUAUGUUUAAAUUUUAUAUUACCUUGUCUAUAGGCAGCUGAAAUUAUGCUUAAACUCUCAAUAUAGUGUUUUGCUGAAUUAUAUGAAAGUGUGUAUGGAAAGAUUGUAUUUGUGUAGUUGAUUUUUAAUUUAUUUAUCUUUCGUCUGUAGUUUUUUAUGAUGGCAUAUCCAUAUAAUGAUAUCGGACAUUCCGAGUAAUUACGCAACAGAAUGUAUUGUAUGGAUAAUUAUAAUUUAAGCUAUAAAGUUUAUAUAAAUAUAUAACAAAUUUAAAUCACA